AUGGGGUCUAAGCAAAGUCGGACAAAGGAUUCAAAUCCAAGCCCCACAGGGGGAACAUAUGGGGAUAUUCGAUCCCCUGGCGCAGUGGAGCCGGAACUUCACAGCGCUGCGAGAUCAAGCUUUGCCUCCCGAUCUCCAAUAGAACCCCCAGUCAUCGCGGGUCCACUGGGUCCAGCCUCAACAACCAAGGCUGGGGCGCCGUUAGAACAUCUCCACAGGAGUUUAUCUCAACCUGAUGUGUUGGAGGCCGAGCAUCAAGAGACUCUUUCGCAGCGCGAAGAGAUCUCGGCAACUUUUUCGCACAAUCCACGCGCCUCCCAUGGCAGUUCCAACAAGGACACAGAUGUUGACAUCUUGCCAUCUCUAACAAAUCCCACGGAGCAUUCUGAAGAUUUACAAUAUCUCGAUGAAUGCUUAUCCGUCAACCAAAUCGAGGAACAUCAUCGUCUAAGAGGCCAAAGUGACGCCAGAUUCACGAGCGACGAACUGGUUGAGCAGUUGGAGGAUGUGUCCGCCAAACGACUACAAGUUCGAGAAAUGCGAGUCGCACUACGGUACAAGAGAGAGGAGGAGACGAACUAUAGACUGGCACUGAUGAAGAGGCUGAACUCGCUUAUCGCACAGGAUCCACCGCUCAAUAUUGGGUCUAUCACCAAUGACGUUGAACGACUUCAAUCGGCUACGGAGGCAUACUUGGGACUAGAGCGGAGAUAUCAUGAAAAGGAAAGUGAGUUGGGGCAGGAUGAGUAUCUGCUCAUCCAAUCGAUUGAGCGAUUCUCUAAGCGAUUGCGACACCCUUCAUCAAGUAUGCAGGGAGAGAGCGAGGGUGCUCAACAUUCCACCCCAGGAGACGACAAUCACUCCAUUCAAAGUGUGCCUUCGAGAUUCCCUCCCGCUGUAGCGGAUUACCUGUCGCGAGUUGGAGACGCGCGAAUACUUCAGGAGCGCCUGUUAGACCUCGACUCGCAAUGGUAUGAUAUAGUUGACAAGCAGAAGAUCCGACUCUCGCUCGACAUUCCCAUGGACGAUGAGUCUUUGGCAUUUUUGCGAUCAUAUGACGCAUCAAAGCUGGAGAUCCAGAAGGAAUUCAACGAGACAAUGCUGGACAUUGUCCACCUUCGUGCUAUUUGCGAGGAGCAAGGUCUUCUGACAGAAGAAUACAUUGGUCGCCUGGACUAUUUACAUGAAAAUGGGCUUGAAGAAAUUAGUGUUCAAUUCGAGGAUCCCCUCAAGACAUCAGAGGUCGACGACUCCUCGCCAUUCUACGAACCCGGCUCCGCGAAACUCAGUAGUGCCAUGUUCAUCAACAAAUGGAUCCUGCACAAGCUGCGGCAUUCGUCCGUGGAGAUUUCGCGUUUGAAAUCCGCCCCAGAAAUCCGGAGGCUAUCACAACAAGGCUGGAAUGAAGCGAAUAUCAGUCGACUGGCGCUGACGGUAUGGUUCUCUGACGACACAGUCAGAUCGCCGCCGCAGGCGCCCUCGGAGGACGAUUACAACUACACGCGGAUCCCCGACAACAGCAGGACCGUCGAUCACAGCCAUGAUAGUCAAAAGAUGACCGGACUUCCCCUUCCAGACAUCCGCUCAGAGCCUGACAUGACCCCGAAGAAAGAAGAUCCUAUGACUGCACAUCUCCGUGCGUUAUCACUGUGA